GGAGGGCAGUGAAUGGAGUCCCCUGCCGUGGUCUUCAAUAGCAGUGGCCAACAACGCCCGUGUCGCUUCGCAUUCGCAAGAACUCAGGUGAGGGGAGAGGUGAGGAGAGCCCGAUCGUCGGGGUGGAGCAAGAGCAAUGCCGCCGAAGCGGGGUCGAGCGAGGAAGAGAGAUGAGCGGAUAUACGCGGCCAUCGACCACUUCGUCGCCAUGGGGUACACGGAGCGCCAAGUCCGCGCCGCCGUCACUGCGCUCCUCAAGGUGUACCUGGGCACUUAUGCGUGGUUCUUCCUGGAGGACUCCUCCUUCCUCGUCGUCCAGGAAAAGCUCCUGGAGAUGGAGGACGAGGAGAAGAAGUUACUGUCACUGGAGCAGGUGGCCCAGGAUGAGCUGGAGCAGCCUCAGCAACAAGAACCUGCAGUGGAUGAGCUAUCACCAGAAAAUAGCAUGCCAGUCUUAGAAGUGCACAGUGCGGUGCCAGCUGGGACUCACUCAUCAGAUGAUGAUGCCGAAGAUCCCAUGGUCAUAGAACCACCUGCCCUUGAAGCUGUAGUGCCAUUUGCUGAAGCUACAAGGACUGGUGAAACAAGGCGUCCUUGUUAUGGAUGGCUUAGUGAGUCAGAAGAUGAGGAACAACAAACCAGUCAGCAACAAGAGGUGCAUGUUCUGAGUCCAGGAGGUGGCUCAAUUUGCAAGAGGAAGUAGCUUGAGUAGAUGUGAUGUGCAACCCUAUCAACUGGCUUAAAUUGAGGGCAGUGUGGUGUUUUGCUUGAAAUUGAGGACUGUUGAACCAGGAGUAACCUCGGAAAAGAUUAGUUAUGAUGAAAUUAGGUACAAAAUCUUCAAUUUACAGCCUUGUGUAAUGCAUGUAUUGGAGAGUCUGUGGUGCAGAGCAGAACAGUGAAGGUCUCUUAUAGUUGGGUUGCCAGCCAAGGACUCACCCAUGGAGAUACCUUAUCUAUUGCAGAUGGACUGAUGGCUUUAUAUGGUGUUCCUAAUGUAGACAAUCCAUAAUUCCGUAUGUUGUUGGUUAAGGUUAAUCCUCGCAUUGGGAUUGGCAUGUAUCUUUUGUUAAUCUAAAUCAUUGUCAAGAAUGCAAGGGGACCAUGUGAUGCUAACUUGAACGAGUGUUUAACUUUGGAUACUGCUGUUUUGUUCAACUUGGUGUUGGUAUGUGGAAUGUUAAAGAGUUUCUUAAAAUUUAUAAAGUGGUUACAAGAUAUUGUGUUGA